AUGACAGUCGACCAUCAGGGGAACGUGGAUCACGACAAGGUUCGCGUGUACAUUGUGCGUCACGGUCAGACUCCUUGGAAUAAGCUCAAGAUUUUACAGGGCCACAAGGACGUUCCCUUGAACGAGAUCGGUCAGGAACAGGCCCGGCUGGUGGGAGAGCGACUUAAACACCUGGACUUUGACGAGUUUGUCAGUUCUGACCUUACACGGUGUGUGCAGACGACGAAACAGAUUACGGCGCCACAUGAACACAAACGGGCUUUCAAAUUGCGCACCACCCCGAACUUGCGCGAGAGAUCAAUGGGGCCAGUGGAAGGAAUGCCGUUGGCAGAGGCGAAGGAAAAAUACGGAGCCAAAUUUAAGGAGCUGGGCGAAACCAGGGCAGAGCUGCUGGACCGGCUCGACGCCGAAUGGGACCAGAUCAUCAACGAUGCAGACACAAACAAACACUUGAACGUGCUGGUGUGCACACAUGGCGGAGUGAUCACGAAUUUUAGCAGCCAUUUACACCAACACCACAAAUACGAGCUGGGAGCCGGAUUGAGCGCAGACGACUUGAAAGUGCCGUUCAACACGAGCGUCACGGUGGUGGAAGUGGAGAAGAAAUCCAAGAAGGGGCAGAUAUUACAGUUUGGCACUGUGCAUCAUCUGCAUGGCCAUCUGGAAAAAGUAGAUCAGGAACUCAGAUGA